UUCAGGUUAGUUAUGUUUUUGGCCCCCAAAUAUACCCGAUUUGAUAUCAAGGUAUCGUGGGGGCCUAGGAGCGAGGAGACAUGUCCGUCGUCUCUGACUCGUUCUCUGAGGAGGAGCGCAGCCUAUUCCGUCCAUUCACACGUGAGUCAUUGGCCGCCAUCGAAGCUCGAAUUGCCGAAGAGCAUGCCAAACAGAAAGAGCUCGAAAAGAAGAGAGCUGAGGGAGAACCCGGUUUUGGACGCAGGAAAAAGAAAAAAGAAAUUCGGUAUGAAGACGAGGACGAAGAUGAAGGCCCCCAACCGGACCAGACAUUGGAGCAAGGAUUGCCCAUUCCAGUGCGGCUCCAGGGUAGCUUCCCCCCAGAACUUGCCAGCACACCACUCGAGGACAUCGAUCCCUUUUAUAGCAACCAAAUGACUUUUGUAGUAGUUAGCAAAGGAAAGGACAUUUUUCGAUUUAGCGCAACAAAUGCCCUCUGGAUACUAGAUCCUUUUAACCCAAUCCGUCGUGUGGCCAUUUAUAUUUUAGUACAUCCCUUGUUUUCACUUUUUAUCAUUACUACCAUUCUAGUCAAUUGCAUCCUAAUGAUCAUGCCAACUACUCCCACCGUAGAAUCAACUGAAGUGAUAUUCACUGGCAUCUAUACCUUCGAAUCAGCUGUGAAGGUGAUGGCGAGAGGUUUUAUUCUUCAACCGUUCACCUACCUUAGAGAUGCAUGGAACUGGCUCGACUUCGUAGUCAUAGCUUUAGCUUAUGUUACUAUGGGUAUAGACCUGGGGAAUCUAGCUGCCUUACGAACAUUUAGGGUACUUCGAGCCCUAAAAACUGUUGCCAUUGUGCCCGGUUUGAAGACCAUUGUAGGUGCCGUAAUAGAAUCUGUAAAAAAUCUACGAGAUGUGAUAAUUUUAACAAUGUUUUCUCUUUCGGUUUUCGCUCUUAUGGGUUUACAAAUUUACAUGGGUGUUUUAACACAAAAAUGCAUAAAAAACUUUCCUAGUGAUGGUUCUUGGGGUAACCUUACAGACGAAAAUUGGGAGCAAUUCAACCAAAAUAAAUCCAAUUGGUAUUUCGAUGAAGAUAAAGGUGAAAUACCACUAUGUGGUAAUUCCUCAGGAGCUGGUCAAUGCAAGCCAGGUUACACUUGUCUGCAAGGUUACGGCGACAAUCCAAAUUACGGAUACACUAGUUUUGAUACAUUCGGAUGGGCCUUCCUCUCUGCCUUUAGAUUAAUGACUCAGGAUUAUUGGGAAAAUUUAUACCAACUGGUCCUAAGAUCGGCUGGUCCCUGGCACAUGCUAUUUUUUAUUGUAAUUAUAUUUUUGGGAUCGUUUUAUUUAGUGAACUUGAUCUUAGCCAUAGUAGCCAUGUCGUAUGAUGAAUUGCAAAAGAAAGCUGAAGAGGAAGAAGCUGCUGAAGAAGAAGCAAUAAGAGAGGCUGUGAAAGCGGCAUUAGCUAAGCAAAAUCGGGCAGAUGCUAGAGCGGCCGCAGCUGAAGAAGCUGCAAGAGUAGCAGCGGGAGGCGCACCGGCUGGAAGCACGGAUAUCGUCAAAUCUCCGUCAGAUUUCUCCUGCCAUAGUUAUGAGCUUUUCGUUAAUCAACCAAAGGGACAAGAUGACAACAAUAAGGAGAAGAUGAGCAUCAGAUCGGACGGAUUAGAUUCUGUGAGUGAGCAGAGAAGAGUACCCACUAAUCCCAUCAAGAAGCGGAAAGUCAGCGCUGCAAGUCUGAGUCUCCCUGGAUCUCCGUUCAAUCUUCGCCGAGGAUCGAGAGGUUCCCACCAAUUUACUUCGCGAAACAGCAGGCGAAUGGUGGCACCACCUGGUGAUCGUAAACCAUUGGUUCUUUCUACUUAUCUUGAUGCACAGGAACAUUUGCCUUAUGCUGAUGAUUCUAAUGCUGUUACCCCCAUGAGCGAGGAGAAUGGUGCCAUGGUAGUACCCAUGUACUACGCGAAUCUGGGGUCACGUCACUCAUCGUACACUUCGCACGCUUCACGGAUGUCCUACACCUCUCACGCAGACCUUUUGGGCGGUUUUGGGGGCAAUGGUAAGCAGCCUAUGACGAAAGAGUUCCAGCUCAUGCAUCGAUCAAUGAGAAAUGGACCAGGAAUGAAUUCCAAUAAUAUUAUGGAGUUUUCUCGAAAACCCAAAAUGGGAGAUUAUGAUGGACCAACUAGUCAACUAAGUGAGAAAAUGAAGGCACUUGACAAUCCAUUCAUCGAUACCAUUUGCCAGCGGCAAAAUGUGGUUGAUAUGAAAGAUGUGAUGGUACUGAACGACAUCAUCGAACAAGCGGCAGGUAGAGAAAUGGUUGAAGAACACGGAGUGGCUGUUUAUUAUUUCUCAGCCCAAAACGAGGAGGAGGAAGAACAAGAAGAACCCACUCUGAAAGAGAAAAUGCUGGAAAACGCCUUGAGGAUCAUAGACAUGCUAUGCGUGUGGGACUGCUGUUGGUGUUGGUUGCAAAUUCAAAAAUAUGUCGCUCUUCUGGUCUUUGAUCCGUUUGUUGAGCUUUUUAUUACGCUUUGCAUUGUUGUCAAUACGUUAUUUAUGGCCCUGGAUCACCACAAUAUGGAUCCAGAUCUGGAAAGAGCAUUGAAGAGUGGAAAUUACUUCUUCACUGCAACAUUCAUGAUUGAAGCUACUUGCAAACUAAUUGCCAUGAGCCCCAAGUUCUACUUCCAAGAGGGCUGGAAUAUUUUCGACUUCAUUAUUGUUACACUGUCUUUGUUGGAGUUGGGACUAGAAGGUGUUCAGGGCUUGUCAGUGCUGCGAUCUUUCAGAUUGCUGAGAGUAUUCAAACUAGCGAAAUCCUGGCCCACUUUGAACUUGCUCAUAUCCAUCAUGGGUCGAACUAUGGGUGCUUUGGGUAAUCUGACGUUCGUAUUGUGCAUCAUUAUAUUCAUCUUUGCGGUGAUGGGGAUGCAACUUUUUGGAAAGAACUAUUGGGAUAAUGUAGAUCGCUUCCCAGACCACUCAAUGCCCAGAUGGAACUUCACCGACUUCAUGCACUCUUUUAUGAUAGUGUUUAGGGUGUUAUGUGGAGAGUGGAUUGAAUCCAUGUGGGACUGCAUGUUGGUAGGGGAUGUUUCGUGUAUUCCAUUCUUUUUAGCAACUGUGGUAAUCGGGAAUCUUGUGGUACUCAACCUCUUCUUAGCCUUGCUUUUGAGCAACUUUGGCUCAUCCAGUCUGUCAGCACCAACUGCAGAUAAUGAUACUAACAAAAUAGCAGAAGCAUUUGAUAGAAUCGGCCGAUUUAUCAACUGGAUCAAAUCCAACUGCCUGCAUUUCGCUAAACUUGUGAGAUUCAAACUGACGAACCAAAUUUCCGAUCAGCCUCCAGGUGAGGGACCGUCCGACAGUUGGAACCAAGAUGCCAGAGACGGCGUGCUUGACAUUCAAGGUGAUGAAAUAAUUGCUGAUGGCAUGAUUUUUAAAGACAAGAAAAGUCCCAAUAACAAACUGGAGGUUACUAUCGGAGAUGGCAUGGAAUUUACCAUACAUGGGGACGUUUUGAAGCAAAAUAUUAAACGGGGGAAGAACAUGAAUAACAUCAACAAUUUGGAUAAGACCAUUGGGAACUCCAUUGCACACCACGAGCUCCUUGGGCACCUGGACGACGAUGAAAUCAGCAAUAAGUCGUAUGGGAGCCACAAAAAUCGGUUCAAAGAAGAAAGUCAUAAAGGAAGUGCGGAUAUUCUAGACGAGCAGGAGGAAAAGCGCGAUACCAGCAAAGAAGAGUUGGGAAUCGAUGAAGAGAUGGAAGAAGAAGAUUGCGAUUGCCAAGAGCCUUUGGAUGAGGGAUUAAUACUGGAUGGAGUUACCGAAGAUAUAAUACUCGAUGAAUACUCAGCUGAUUGUUUUCCAGAGACCUGCUACAAGAAAUUUCCCUUUUUGGCGGGAGAUGAAGACUCGCCUUUCUGGCAAGGCUGGGGUAACCUCCGCUACAAGACCUUUCAGCUAAUUGAAAAUAAAUACUUUGAAACAGCUGUUAUUACCAUGAUUUUGCUAAGCAGUUUGGCUUUAGCGUUGGAAGACGUCCACUUGCAAGCGCGACCAAUUUUGCAAGACAUUCUUUACUACAUGGAUCGAAUCUUCACGGUGAUAUUCUUCUUUGAAAUGUUGAUCAAGUGGCUGGCUUUAGGGUUCCAAAAGUAUUUUACCAAUGCUUGGUGUUGGCUCGACUUUGUUAUAGUCAUGGUAUCGCUAAUCAACUUCAUUGCUUCUUUGUGCGGUGCGGGGGGCAUUCAAGCAUUUAAAACCAUGAGAACGCUCAGAGCUUUGAGGCCUUUAAGAGCCAUGUCUAGAAUGCAGGGCAUGAGGGUGGUAGUAAAUGCACUGGUCCAAGCCAUACCAUCUAUAUUCAAUGUAUUGUUAGUAUGCUUGAUCUUUUGGCUAAUUUUUGCUAUUAUGGGCGUCCAGCUUUUUGCUGGGAAAUAUUACAAGUGCGUUGACAACAACAAAACUACGCUCAGUUGGGAAAUUAUUCCCGACUACAAUGCCUGUAAAGCAGAAAAUUACACUUGGGACAACUCACCAAUGAACUUCGACCAUGUGGGAAAGGCAUAUCUUUGUCUAUUCCAAGUGGCCACUUUCAAAGGCUGGAUCCAAAUAAUGAACGAUGCGAUUGAUUCUAGAGAACUGCACAAACAGCCCAUUCGAGAGACGAACAUCUACAUGUACCUUUAUUUCGUGUUCUUCAUUAUAUUUGGCUCAUUCUUCACUCUCAAUCUGUUUAUAGGAGUAAUCAUUGAUAACUUCAAUGAACAGAAGAAAAAGGCAGGUGGAUCUUUGGAGAUGUUCAUGACGGAAGACCAGAAGAAGUACUACAAUGCGAUGAAGAAAAUGGGUUCCAAGAAGCCUAUGAAAGCCAUUCCUAGACCUAGGUGGAGACCUCAAGCAAUAGUGUUCGAGAUAGUGACUAAUAAGAAAUUCGACAUGUUCAUCAUGUUGUUUAUAGGACUAAAUAUGUUGACAAUGACGAUGGACCACUACCAACAGAAAGAGACAUUUACGAAAGUUUUGGACUAUCUAAACAUGAUUUUCAUAGUUAUAUUUACUACAGAGUGCCUCAUGAAAGUGUUUGCUUUGCGUUAUCACUACUUUACUGAACCUUGGAAUCUGUUCGAUUUAGUGGUAGUUAUUUUAUCAAUUUUGGGAUUAGUGCUCAGUGACAUUAUUGAGAAAUACUUUGUAUCGCCCACGCUGCUUAGGGUAGUGCGCGUAGCAAAAGUCGGUCGAGUUCUCAGACUGGUCAAAGGAGCAAAAGGAAUCCGAACUCUGCUCUUUGCGCUUGCCAUGUCAUUGCCAGCCCUGUUCAACAUCUGCUUGCUGCUCUUUUUAGUAAUGUUCAUCUUUGCGAUCUUCGGCAUGUCGUUCUUCAUGCAUGUCAAAGACAAGAGCGGUUUGGACGACGUGUAUAAUUUUAAAACAUUCGGACAAUCCAUGAUUCUGCUUUUUCAAAUGUCCACCUCAGCUGGUUGGGAUGGUGUUCUGGAUGGAAUAAUAAACGAAGAAGACUGUAAGCAGCCAGACAACGAGAUAGGCGAAACUGGAAACUGCGGCAACUCAACUAUUGGAAUAGCAUUCCUUCUAAGCUACUUGGUGAUAUCGUUUUUGAUUGUAAUAAACAUGUACAUAGCGGUCAUUUUGGAAAAUUACUCGCAAGCCACAGAAGACGUACAGGAAGGCUUAACAGACGACGACUAUGAUAUGUAUUAUGAAAUCUGGCAACAGUUUGAUCCUGACGGAACGCAGUAUAUCCGAUACGAUCAACUUUCAGAUUUCCUGGAUGUUCUAGAGCCGCCUUUACAGAUUCACAAGCCCAACAAAUAUAAAAUUGUGUCCAUGGAUAUACCCAUCUGCAAGGGUGACUUAAUGUUCUGCGUUGAUAUUCUGGACGCAUUGACCAAAGAUUUCUUUGCGCGAAAGGGUAACGCCAUUGAUGAAACUGCUGAACUGAGCGAGGUGCAACCGAAACCAAACGAGCUCGGUUACGAGCAAGUUAGCUCCACCCUUUGGAGGCAAAGAGAAGAGUACUGUGCAAGACUCAUACAGAAUGCUUGGAGGAAACAUAAAAGGCUCCGCGGAGCUACUGAUCAAUCAGGAGAUGAGGAAGGUGAACUAGGUGAUGAAGGAGAUGGAGACGGAGAUAUAGACGAACUGGAAGCUCAUCAGACAGCAGUUUUGGUGGAGAGAAAUGGGCAUAAAGUGGUUAUCCACAGUCGGACGCCCAGUAUCAGCUCAAAAUCGGCAGACGUAUGAGAUCGGCCCCGCCCCUCCUUAACAUCACCAUAGCACCUGGAGCGCUAUGAACUAAGAGGUUACUGGUACGGUUCGUUAUCUCGGCUUUUCGUUUCAACUUGAUCGAAGUUAGGGAACUAUUGCAGUAGUCUUCAUGGAAUAAUCGAGAUAAUCGGGCUGGUGGAUCAGCUUGUGUAAGUGUAGUUUGGUGGAGAAGGUAUCUUAUUAAAAUCAUCAGCUGCAAGGCAUUUCACACAACUUUUCAAACGUAGCUAAAUCAUAAUAUGUAUUAGUACAGUUGUAUGAACUGCUUAACAAUUGCAAACUCUUGCUCUGGAUUCGAGUGAUGUUCGAUUUGAAUUCAAAAUUUAAUAUGAUCCCAGCGUAUUGUUUUUGAGUCAAUAGAUCAAUCGAAUCGAAGAAGAGUUUUCAAUAUGAUGCCAGUUGAUAAGGUUUUCUAUUUACUAGUCUCUCCUGUUAAUUUCAAAAUGACGACUAUUACUCAACAUCUUUAAAUCAGAUUUUUAGAAGACUGAUUAUUUUUUUCAGUUCUCAAUCAAUAGCAAUAGAAUGAAUUUGGACUGAUUUAUGAUAGUGGGUAGUUCUCCAAUCUAGGUAUCUUGUAUUAUUUCGGUAUUGUUAAAAACAAUGCAACUUCAAAGCCAAUAUCAUUAACAAGAAUACUAACAGUUGGUACGACAGUAAAUAUAACGAGUUAAGGGAAGAAAAUUAAGAACACAAUAAAAACCGAGCAAUUGCUGAAAUAAAUCAGCGCUAGUAUUCUAUGCUGAUAUGGGCUUUUUCGCAAUCCAACCCUUUGAAAUUAUUAGGAUAAAUCAUACGAAGUGUUAAUCGCUUGAGAAAGCUAUCCUUCGAGUGCAGAAUAUAAUAUUGUUAAUAAAAUUCAGAUUAGAAUAUGUUCAGCUAGCACUGUUUGGUAUUUAUCGCUACAGCACGUUACAUACAGAAUCUUGGAUCGACAAGCCCUCAUUUUUGUGAUAGAUCAGAAUGAUGUAAAAGUACAAAUUAAUAGGCAGAAAUAUGGAAGUAUUUUUUCCCAAAAUACCUCCUAUGUUAAAACUAUUGUUUCCAUAAAGCCGCUGUCGGUUCAAGAUAUCAGCUUUCAAUUUUAAUAAGAAUUGCAUAUCUUGAAGAAGUCUAUAUGCACAAAUUAGCAAAUGUUGCGAUAUUAUAGCAUUUCUGUCAAGUUGAAGAGUAUUCUAAACACAUUUCUGAAUUGUUUGUUGAAUCAAUUUCACUUUAACCCAAAACUUGACAUAAAAGAAAAAAUAUAUUAAAGGACAUGUAUGUACUUCAAUAAUUCGAACUUAGCAAUAAACUAUCCAGGAGCUGAUAGUGAGAAACUGAAAUCAUUUUUUCCUAUUGAGAAAAGUCUGGAGUUAAUAACGGUGAAGUCGAUUCGACCAACACAAUUUUAAUUUCCAAAGCAGCAAUUAAGGAUAAAGUUUGUAUAAUAAUGGUGCUUUCUUCAACUGCUAAGUUAUCAAGCUAACUUCACAUGCUACAAGGAUCGCUAUCGGGGAGGGGCGAAGGGAUAAUUUUUGCAAAAAUUCAAAAAUUUUUGUAUGCCUCGUGUAAUUAAAUUUAAUUGACGCAUCUUUGUAUGUGUGACAUUUUCAAAAAAAUCACGAUUUACUCAACGAGCACAAUUAUGUAAUCGAUAAGUAUGUAUUAUCAUUUAAGAUGUGCUUUUCUCGAUCCUAAGUUGCUUUUAAUUUGAUUGAAAUGUCACCCAUACCCACCCAAUAACUCAAAAAACAGAA